AUGACGUAUGUCGUUGGACAGGUACAUCACCGCUACACCAGUGAACCACUCGCACAAGGCAUCUACUGCACCACAGCAACCAUGCGCCCGCUUACCGACGAUGAGAUGACAACGGUGUUCGAGAAGAUCAGCAAGUACAUCGGCCGUAAUGUUCAGCACCUGGUGACGCGACCCGACGAGAAGUACUGCUUCCGUCUGCACGGAAACAUCGUGUACUACUGCAGCGAGAAGCUUAUGCGCCAGUCCACUAACGUUGGCACGGAUGAGCUGCUGAGCAUUGGCACGGCAGUGGGCAAGCUCACCAAGACCAAGAAGUUCCACCUGCGCAUCACCUUCCUGGACUACCUGGCUCAGUACGCCAAGUACAAGGUCUGGAUCAAGCCCAACUCGGAGAUGUCCUUUUUGUAUGGCAACAACGUCGUCAAGUCUGGUCUUGGCCGUAUCACGGAGGGUACGCCGCAGUACGCAGGUGUCGUCGUCUACAGCAUGAAUGAUAUCCCUCUCGGCUUCGGCAUCGCCGCGCAGGCAACAGAGAUGUGCAAAGACCUGGAGCCCACGGCCUACGUGGUGCUGCACCAAGCAGACAUUGGCGAGUACCUUCGCGUUGAAGACGAAAUGUUUUAAAGAAGCCCCACGGCGAGAGUGGAUCUCCUCUCGUGCGCCAUCUACAUAUAUAAUAGACUUUUCACGCUAGUUUGUUCUUCCACAAAGCAUUUAUUCAUGUUCUGUUACGUGCAAAUUGG